ACGUCUCCUAGCGUCGUGACGUGACCAGUGUUUGGUUUCCGCGCCGCACCGCCGAGCAGACAUGGCAACAACAAGCAGCGAAAGUAAACCAGACGAACAGCAGACAGAUGAAGGAAUGGACACAGACAGAUCCAUGUCGAGGUCCGACAGGGCAGCGAUGUGAUUUCCUGGAGAGUGUUGGAAAGUUCACCCUUCCUCCCCCUCGACCACACCGACAGCAGAGACCUCACUGUGGAGAGAAAAGCUUAGAUGGGAGUGGGGAUGACUCCUUGGAUAGCCUCUCAGAACAUGUCCCUCGAUGCCCUUUGACCCCAUCUUUAUCACCACAAAAACGGACCACAAGCCAGUCGAAGACAGAGCCUCCGCUGCUGAGGACAAACAAACGGACCAUCUACACCGCCGGCAGACCUCCCUGGUACAAUGUCACUGGGACCACUUUCAAAGAGGCAUUUGUCAUUGGUCUGUGUGGAGGAAGUGCCUCUGGUAAAACCACAGUUGCCAAUAAGAUCAUUGAAGCACUGGACGUUCCCUGGGUGGUUCUGCUCUCCAUGGACUCUUUCUACAAGGUGUUGAGUAAAGAGGAGCAGGAGCUUGCAGCUAAGAAUGAGUAUAACUUUGACCACCCUGAUGCCUUUGACUUUGAGCUGCUGGUCAACGUCCUGAGGAAGCUGAAGAAAGGAAAAAGCAUCAAAGUCCCAGUUUACGACUUUACAUCUCACAGCAGGCGCAAAGAAUGGAAAACGGUGUACGGGGCCAAUGUUGUCAUCUUUGAGGGCAUCUUGGCGUUCGCCAACAAGGAACUGCUGAAGCUUCUAGACAUGAAAGUGUUUGUGGACACAGAUUCUGACAUCCGCUUGAUACGGAGGCUGAAGAGGGACAUUUCACAGCGUGGACGAGACAUCAGUGGCAUCAUCAAACAGUACAAUAAGUUCGUAAAGCCGGCGUUCGAGCAGUACAUCGAGCCUACGGUGCAGGCAGCUGACAUCGUGGUGCCUAGAGGUGGAGAAAACUUUGUCGCCCUUGAUUUGAUUGUUCAGCAUGUUCAUAGCCAGCUGGAGAAGCGUGAGAUCACUGUGAGAUCGGCUCUGGCCUCAGCUCACCAGGGGCAGCCUUUACCCAAAACCCUCAGUGUGAUGGAGAGCACACCGCAGGUCCGCGGCAUGCACACAAUCAUCAGGAACAAGGAGACGAACAGGGAUGAGUUUAUCUUCUACUCCAAGAGAUUAAUGAGGCUCCUGAUAGAACACGCCCUCUCCUUCCUGCCUCUCAAGCCGGUGUCUGUUGAGACACCUCAAGGUGGCGUCUAUGAAGGGAAAAGACUGAAUGGUAAAAGAAUCACAGGUGUUUCCAUCCUGAGAGCAGGAGAGACGAUGGAGCAGGCUCUGAUGGCUGUGUGCAAAGACAUCAGACUGGGAAAGAUCCUCAUCCAGACCAACCACGACACAGGGGAACCAGAGCUCCACUACCUUCGUCUGCCCAAAGACAUCACAGAAGACUAUGUCAUCCUGAUGGAUAGCACCGUGUCCACCGGAGCUGCUGCUCUCAUGGCCGUCAGAGUCCUGCUAGACCAUGAUGUAGCUGAAGAUAAGAUCUUCCUGUUGUCCCUGCUAAUGGCAGAGAUGGGUGUCCACUCAGUGGCCUAUGCCUUCCCCAAAGUCCGCAUCAUCACCACCGCUGUGGACAAGGAGGUCAACGACCAGUUCCACAUCAUACCAGGCAUUGGUAAUUUUGGAGACCGUUACUUUGGCACUGACGCUCCAUCAGACUGGUGUGAAAGUGAUGAAGGGAUGGACUACUGAGGAGAGAAUCGACCAGGGUUGUGGAGGGUUGUUACAGAAGCACUUAAACCAUGAAACAGAGAAAAGAGCGUCCAUCAUCCCUCACUGCUCUCACCUGCUCAUCGUCCUGACAGGGAGGGGACACUGUAUAAACCAUUCCCUGUUCAGAUGAGUACACAGAGUUCACUGUCGGGUCAGUGCAGUUGCUGAGUAAUAGAUUUGUGCCGGGCAGGAUUCCGACCAUUCUCCAUUCAAGUUUCCAGCGACUUUUUAAAGGGGUCCAAGUGUUGCCUGUUUUAACUCGGUGCCACUGCAAAUCUCAACAGACUGAGCUGCAUUUACUGCCAGCUUUGAGACAAAACGCUUGAUUAUGAUGUAAAUAAUGUUGCCAGUAAAGUGUUUAUUUUGCGGCAGGCUGUGAUGCUUUGAAAAUGUUAAUAUUCACGUGCUGUGAAUUUACUGGGAGAGCCUUGAAAUCGUUGAGUUUCUUACAGGAUUUUGCACAGUAAGUCCUUUUGCCUUCAUAUACCAGAUGUUGUAAAUAAAUCAUUGGGGAGUUGCAGGGAAGAUUUGGCUAGAGCUAUGCUCGGUUUAAUCCUUAGCAGUUAAAAGAAAAAAAAAGUAGAGCCCAACCAACACUUGACUUUUGGGGACAAAAAGUCUGAUAUGAGAUAUGUGCCACUAUGCCCAUUUUUGUAUUUUAUUUUAUGAGCAAUUAUUUACUUGUUUGAUCAUUUUGCAGCACAGAGCAGGAUGCAAACAUGACAAAUAAAAUGUAAUAAUAGAAUCAUUAAGUGAAAUUAGUGAGAUAAAUUGAAUCAAAUAAGGUUCUAGUCACAUCAUAAAAGUCAUAGUAAUAAUAAUAAAAAACAUGAGUUGUCUAGCAAGUACCCCCCCCCAAAAGAAUUAUUCACAUAUCACAGCUUUACUCUGCUAAUGAAGCUCUAGCUAUCUGUACUGCUGUACUGUAAAAUAAUUAUAACUCGGGCAACUUUGACUGAAAAAACAAGGAUUCAUACUUGAACAAAAGAGGGCUGACUGAUGAUUAAGGGAAACGGUCAGAUAUUGUUGGUCAUAUUUGUUUUAUGUAAUUUUUUUAUCUCAUUAAUUUGAUUUAACACCAGUAUGUUACAACAGCAAUAACAAAGAGCCAUGUUCUUUAAACUUGUUAUUGAACAUCAUCACUACAUUACAGACCAGUAUUUCAUUUAGCUUUUGCUGGUAAUUAAGUCCAUGUACAGCUAGCGAAUGUUUUGUAUUGCGUUGUCUGUCAGAAGCUGCUGGUGUAACGCUCUGUGUGGCUUUUAAUCACUUGUUAGUAGCACUAUCCACAUGUGAGCUUUGUCACUCGCUGAUGAUAAUCGUAAAAACCAGGAGGCCAAACAACACCAGGUGUUCUUGUUGUGGUCAAAUGUCCUGAUUUAAAACAAAACUACAGCACUUGUGCUAGCAUCAGAUGUUCAGAUAUACUUUGUGAGGCUUAUAGUUGGAAACAUUACAUGCUUGAACUGGUCAUAUUUUGACCAUAUAUUUUUGGGGGAUAUAAUGGAGAAACUGAUUGAAAUGCGAUGCUUGCUUGUCGUGGUAACGUUCUCUGCUGCUUGUUGCCUUUUUUAAUGUUAUUUAUUUAUUUUAUCAUGAGCAGCAAUUCCACAUCGUCACAAUACCAGUUUUGCAUUACAUUAAAGCUGUUUAUCCAAGUUGCAUAACGAACAUAUUGUUGUUUUAGUGUUUUUACUCUGAAGGUCGGCAGACUGCAGUCAAACACAAGGUCAUUUUAACACUGGCUGUGAUUAAAUAGUCUUUUUUUGCUCUUUAAAUGCUAACGAAAGGUGCUUUGAUAUUUCUUUCUCAUCUCCUUAAGAAUAGGAUACAUUGGACCUUUUGUUUACAGAAGGAAAUAUGAUAAUGCCAUCCCACUAUACCUUGUGUAUUUGAGCUGGCUGUCUUUUCACAAGUCCUUAUGAAUUCUGCUUCAUAUCUUUUCUUGACCUCAUAACUUUUUCUGUCAAGGACUACUCGACAGCAGCCUAGGUCUUAUUCACUGGACAGUUAAACUACCACUAUUGGGCAACUCCACCAAUUAUACAUAUUCAAGUGUUUUUAAAGUAUAUUACUACAUAUGUGGAAAAAGUAGUAUAAAGCCUUUUGUGGCUCCAGAGGAAGCUGCAUGUAAUCUUAUAAAUUGCCUCGGGUGUUGUUGUGGAGUGGCGAAGAUGAAUUGUGGGUAAUGUAAGCAGCAGGUUUUGAAAAGCUGUCCUCUGGUUCAUCAUUGCACUCCUGUAACACUGUUGGACUCAAUACAGCAGAGCUAGAGAUUUCCUUUUCAGUUCACACGUUCUUUCUUUUCACAACCAAAACAAAAGCCACAAAAGGCUGUAUACUACUAUUUCCAUGUAUGCAGUUGUACUCCCCAAGACCUGUAAACACACUUUAAUGUGUAGAAUUUGUGCAAAUAAUGGCUGUGUUCCUUUCAGGUGCUCAUCAGAUGAAGUUAUCAAUUACACCUGUGCUCUGGUCAAAUGUCCACACAACUGCAUUGAUUUUACUGUCAUCCAGCUGUCCAGCCAACACAAGUCACAUAUGUAUCUCAGAACACGAACACGAACUUGAAACAAAGUCAGCUGCUGUCACCAUUUAUCUGUACUUCACUCAAUGUAAGUAGUUACUCUUGCAUUGGCCAGUCAGCGUAUGUUGUUUUCCCUCCAUUUUGUUUAUGUAAAUUCCGCUUCACUUGUACAGAAUAAACAUUGUAACUUAAAAUAA